GGUAUUUAUCGUUUUCUGUUAUCACAAUUUAUUGGAAAUAUCAGCUAUUACAACUCCAAUCUUUGAAAGUGCUAAAUUUUAUUUUAUUUUACUCGUCUAUUUUUGAAAUGUUAUAUUUAUAUUACAAUCUGUAGUCGGCUUUUUUUUUUGGCUUCUUAUUUAAUUGAAUAUCAUGGAGAAUACAUCGCAUAAUAAGCCUUCUAGGCUUCGGAUUAAACUUAUUACGAUGGGAGAGACAGAAGUUGGUAAAAGUUGUGUAGUAAAACGUUAUUGUGAAAGAAGGUUCGUACAUAAAUAUUUAACGACGAUCGGAAUUGAUUAUGGUGUGACUAAAGUGCAAAUUAAAAAUCGGGAUGUUCGCUUGAAUAUAUUUGAUAUGGCAGGGCAUCCGAUGUUUUAUGAAGUGCGCAACGAAUUUUAUAGAGAUGCUCAGGGAGCAUUAUUAGUGUUUGAUUUGUCUAGAAGGUGUACAUUUGAGUGCCUUGAUCAAUGGCUAAUAGAAAUGAAGAAUGAAAUGACCAAUACGAAAGAUGUGAACAAUAUGGUUGUAUGCGUAUGUGGAAACAAAGUUGAUAAAAGACGAGUUGUAAAUGAGUUAGAAGGACGUUUAUGGGCCGACUCUCACGGCUUUCAUUAUUUUGAAACUUCUGCACAAACCGGAGAAGGCAUUAUUGAAAUGUUCAAUACUCUUUUAGGAGAUAUAGUUGCCACUAUUGAGAAUGGAGGUACUAAAAUUCCUUUGGAUACCCAAUUGGGUUUCACAAAAGAUCAAGUGGACUUGAUACAUCGUUUAAAGAAUGCUAAAUAUGACCAUGAACAACUCGGUGUGCAUCCGAAUGCAGUAAAAGAAGAUAUCAACAAAGCUUAUCGCCGAUUAGCCGUACUUCUUCAUCCCGAUAAAAACAUUGCCCCUGGUAGUGAAGAAGCCUUUAAAAUACUGGUAGCUGCUCGUUCAUCAAUGUUAAAACGUUGUCUAUAGAAAUGGAAUAUUAGUAAGUUGGAUGUGUUCUUCAUCACCCCCACCGUCUUCGAAAUGUCAAAGAUAUACCAAAUGUCAAACAACGUUUUCGUCGUCAUAAAUGAAUAAAAAUAAUGUAUUCUAUAAUUUAUUCACAGUUUGUCCAAAAUAUCUAUCUUCUGUUGAUCUGAAACCUUUGUAAACCAAAAUGCUGCCUAUUUAUGCAUGGUGCCUGAUACCAACUUUUUAAAUAAUUUUUACAUCAAUAUCUUGAGUGCGUGUGUUGUGAACGACGAGUUUAACGUAACCAACUGAAAUUAACUUUUCCAUUUUUUGAUGUUUCUUUUAGGUGGGAAACUUAUGUCCAUCAAAUUAUUUUAUUUGGUUGUUACCUUUUUUUUAAAAUAUCACAAACCUCCUUGAGAAAAUGAAUCCCUUUUCUUCAUCGGUCCUAUUAAAACAACUUUUCACUUCUUUGUGCCAUAGCCAUUAAAAUGAAAGUGAAUUAAUCAAAUUAUUUGGAGAUCAAUAUCCCUUCUACCCUAAAUCACAUUUGAUAAGUUAUACCUAUAAAAGUCAAUUAAAGAUAGUAAUUACUUGAAAGCCCAUCGCUGUUUAAGAACGAAACACCGAAAUUCAGAAAACACAAUUAGUACGUAUAAUUGUGUAUGUAUUUGUAAUGAGCUGAAUACAGCUUCUUGCAUUCAGUGAGUCUUUAGGUAUUGUAAUUUUCAGGUAUACACAAAGGAGCCUGAUUGUGUAUUACUGGUAUUGACAGUAAUAUAUAUCCAUGACAGUUUUACUGCUAGUGAUCCUUAAACAUCUGAAAGACGAACUUAAUUCAAAUGCAAGUUCAAUUGAAAAUCGUGAAGCAAAAACUAUGCGAUCUUUUGUAAAACAACCGAAAAUUGCGAAUGAAAAAAAAAAAAAAUGAUGUGAGGGGAGCAGAGAGGUAUUGUGUCAGAAUAUGGUUCUUAUAUGCCUGUCCCAAACAUCUCUCACAAAGCUGACUUGACAAUUUUUUAUCAUUUCAAGAUAAAGUAUCGAUAUUUUUCUGAAGAAACUGACCAAAUUAUGAGUCGUCUCAAACUUACGGUUUAGAAUUAGUAGUCCAGCAAACAAUAUUUCUAUUAAACCAAAUAUAUUGUUUUAAUUUAAUGGUUAUCAUUCCAGGGUUAUUGGAUGGAAGAAAUACCGUUGAACAUGUGUUAUUUAAUUCAAUCCAGCUGGGGUCUUAUUUUAUCUUUUAUCCUUCCAAGGUUGAUAAAAUAGUACUAGUAAUGUUCUGGGAUCACUUUUUUUUUUUUUUGCUAUACCAAUUCAUUACAAAUUUACACUCCUUGUGCAUCAUCAUCAUCACGUCUACUUUUCCAUACUUGCAUUGGUCAUAUGAAAUGCAUUGAAGCAGAUUUUCUAUGGCGAGAUGCCCGUCUUGUUACCAACCCUCACCUGUUUCCAUUGAUUAUACUUACCUAUUGUUUUUGCCACAAAUGAAGUUCCUGUUAUUAGUUUCUCCAAUCUUGUAGAAUUUGCUUUCCAUAAUAUUUAUAUUCCAAUGAUGAAAUUGUUCUACUUUAUAAAUUGUGUUUGUAAAUUGCUAUAAAUCUUUGAAACAGAUGAAACAGUAACUGAUGAUGUUUAGGAAGAUUUAGCUAUGUUAAUAUUGGCUUAAUGAAAAAGUUAUCAAUUUAUGUGUGCAUGUGUUGCUUUUCAAGUUUUUGUUUUUUUUUGUAACCAAAUUCUUCUUUUGAGUAUUUACUAUUUCAUUGCUCUAUCUCUUGUAUUUACAAUCAUUAUGAAGACAUCUCAAGGCAGCAAGCUGGCAGAAUCAUUAGCACACCGGGUGAAAUGCUUAGUGGUAAGAGAGGAGCACUAAACUUCUUUCCUAUACUGCUAUUCUAGGACAUAAAUAGGCAUCAGGCGAAGAAACUGUGUGAUUAAGACCAUGUAGUUCAAAGUUUGAUCUUGUUGUGUAUCACCUCAAGCCAGUGCCCUAGGACAAGAUCCACAGCUUCUGCGGCCGAGUGAAUAUAGAUAAAUUUGUUAAUUUCUUUAUCCUUAUUUUUAUUAUACUUGGCUCUUCAUUGUCAUAUGUCUGAAAAGCAGUAAAAUUUAUUCAAAUUUCAAAAAUGGUAAAUGAAAGUUGUAGAGGAAGAGAAGGGCUACAAAAAAAAAAAACAUAAAACACUAUGAUAGAAUUUUUUUUCGUGUUAAUUCGAAUGACAUUGAAACAAAGAUUAAAAUAAAUGGAAAGAACAAAAGCAUUUAUCUGACAACCCAAUGUUUAGUGUUUCAUGUCAGUUGUAAGACAUUGACUAGAAGCACUAAGCUUUACAUUCAGGAGGCUAUUUUAUAGUUACACUUCCUAGACAAAUCAGUCAGCUGUAAGAAUCUGCUUCAUUGGUCCUGCCAACUUUACCAGUUAUAUGUACAUAAUUAACAGAUAUUCAACAAACACAGACCUUGAUUAUUCUUUGAUAUUAAAUGCCCCCCCCCCACUCAAUUUUUAAAACCAGAUUAUUCUAGAAUGCCUUGAUUAUGGAGGUACUUCCUAGAUUUAAAAAGCAUUUCAUUCUUUAAAAGUAAAAGAUAGAAUAUUUUAUAUUGUGAUAACCAUUUAAAAAGCUCAUAAUGUACUUCAAAGUUUGAUCUUGUGUAUCACCUCAAAACCAGUGUCCUGGGGCAAAAUCCACAGCUUCUGUGGCCGAGUGAAACAAAAUCCUGAAAUACCGUGAUCUGUCGCCCAACUACAUUUUCCAUCCUGUGGCGUCCGAGACGUUUGAUGGGCUCGGACCACUAACUGCGAGAUUCCUGUUUUCACUGGCAACUCGCCUAGCAGAGGUAACUGGUGGGCCUUAUUGAAGGCGCUUGGCUGUUCAAGUGCAUCAGCCUCGCUAUCACCCGUGGCAACGCUGCAAGCAUGUUGCUAUGCCUCAAUAUCCAUUUGACAGGUUUCCCAGCGCCCCCAACUUUUCAACCCAAAGUGGUGAAUUGUUUUUCUUUUUCUUUUUAAUUUUAAAAAAUUGUGUUCUCUGUUUUGUCCAAUUUUCUAAUUUAAUUUUGUAAAACGGUAAACACUGUGAAGGCAAUAAACUUUAGAUAUGAACCAGUAGUUCCCAACCUUUUCAAAGUGAUUCCCAACCCUUUUAUUUAAAUGACUUUUCCCAUGGACCCCUUUUAAUAUGCUUAUCCUUAUGUAUAUAUAGGUAUAUGAAAUUUUGAAUUUAGUUCACGGACCCCCAGUACUAACUUUGCGGACCCCAGGUUGGGAACCACUGAGAUAAACCAAUGUUUUGUGAGUAAAAUUUGCUUGUAUAUUUGUGUAUACCGGUGUAAAGACCUUGUAUAGUGAAGACCACUAAAGGGAAGCAAUUCUCUUAAGGCCCAUAAACCAUGCAAAUUCAGCUAUAAAGAGAUCAAUAUAAUGAGUUUUAAACUAAAUACUAGAGCUGAUAUUAUGACUAAAUACUUUUAAAAGUGCUGUCUUGGUGUAGCUGCAGUCUAGUGAUUGGAAUCAGUAAAAGAAUAUAGUAUUAUUUAUAUUUUUCUUUUACUUUUUAAGUAUUUUAUUGAAAGUAUUUUAUUCUACAUCUGUGACCUGGUCACUGAUAAACUAUUCACUGUAUCUCUUGGUCAAAUCCCUUGUCAAGUAAGUAACAUCUCCCUUCUGCAACCCAGUCACUGAUACAGUUCCAUUGCCUCUGUUGAAAAUCAGUUGCGGGUCAGUUUUUAUAAACCUUUCUGUUUUUUUUUCUUCUUUCCUUUUCAUUUUCCUGUUACUCUGCAAAGAAGCUUUGCAAAAGUUACAUGACAGAGCAUCUGUGAUAGCAUUAAGAAAUCUAGGAUAAUGUAAGAUUUCGCAAUAGAAUGACAUGACAGGAUGAAAGGCAAAGUUUACCUCAGCAGAGUUUGAAUUCAGACGAAAUGUUGCUAAGCAUUUUGCUUGGCAUGCUAAUGAUUCAGCCAGUUCACCACCUUUCAUAUAUAUUUCAUAUUCAUGUCAAGAUAUUAACAAAAGGCAAUUAACUAAAACUAUUUAAAAACGUUUUCCAAUAUUCUUUUACUGGUUUCUCUCAUUGAACUGUGGCCAUACUACAGCACCACUUUCAGUGCUUUUAGUUGGUUAUAUCAAUCUCACUACUUAUUUCAGUCUAAUAUUUUGUAAAUAAUUGAAUAAUCCCCCAUAAUAUUAUUUAAAUUUCAGUUAUUCAAUAAACUCAAUUUCAGCAUGAGUUACCUAGACCAUGCUGAUCUAGGUAACUCCUUAUUUGUUAAUUAGUUCAUACAGACAAAAUUAAAUAACUUCAACACUUUAGAUUGGCAGGAUUGGUAAUGCUUUGAACAAAAUGGCUGCAGUAUUUAAUUAUGGGCCUUUAUAUUCCAAGUUUAAACACUACCAAGAUCAACUAUGCUUUUUACUUUUCCAAAUUUGAUGAAACAUGAUACCAGUCAAGUAUUGGAGUGAGUGAAACUUCCUUGAUGUGAAUGAAAUUACUAAGUUACUGUUGUUCUGAAUAUGAUAAGCGACUAAGUUACUGUAUAUUAUUAGCUUGUUAAUCAUCAUUAUCCUUUAAUACAUAUCAAAAUCUUAGAUUUUUUUAAAGAUAGAAAUAGAUUUUGUUUACUUUUAUUGGAAUAUAAAAUAUUGAUUUCUAAAAUAGCUGCAAGGCCUCAAAUUUGGGUGGAGCGUUACUGUCAAUUAUAUCAACCCUGAUAUCUUACUGGUACUUAUUUUAUUAACCUCAGUAGGAUCAAAGGUAAAGCUACUGACCAUAUGAAGAUUCAAAAUUAUAUACUGUAAUUAAUUAGGUGUGAAAUAUUACAAUUAUAGUUUUAAUUAAAUAUUAACAAUAAUAGUGAAUUUAAACAAGCAUAAUGGCAAAAGAAACCUAAUGUCUCAGUCAAAGCUGUUAAUGAAAUUCAUAUUUAAAAUUGUAUUGGAGAAAUUUUAAUUUUUGUUAGAAGCCUCUUGUGAUUGAAUGAAAAUAUUUAGUAACUCUUAAUGAACUGUUGGGUCAUAUUUGUAUAUAUAUAUAUAUAUAUGUAUCAUAGACUACACUAUUUAUUUUAGAUAAUAAGGUGUCAUUUGAAGAUGUGGCUAUUAUUUCUAGCAGGUCCAGAGACUGUCUAGUUGCUCCCUUCAAAUUUAAGGAAAAUAUUGAUAUCCAAUUAUAAUUUUCUGUAAUUUUCUGAUUCACUAAGAAUUCUACUGAAGAUAAUGGUAAACUUUCCAUUUUGAAAUUACAAUUACUUUAUAUAUUGGAGUGAAUUAAUAUGGGUGUAUUGAUCUCAGUCUGUUAACUCUGGCAAGAAUGAGUGGAUGAGGUGAAAUGGCUCUAUUAGUAAAUCAGUCUGUAUCCCAGCCUGAAUAUGAUAAAACCUUAUCACCACUCAACAAUAUUCUACUAUUAUUCCAUUACAUUUGUGUAUGAUAUUUUCAGUAAUUCCAAUAGAAAAUUAUCACUUGCUUUAGCUGAUAACCAUUAAUUAAUUCACCGUUAUUUAAUUUCCAGUUUUUAAAAUUUUUAUUUUAUACUUUAGAAGGACAAUAAAAGUAUUAGUAACCGACCAAGAUUAGUUACUUUACUCCUUACAAAAAUAGUAAUUUUCCUAAAUAAAACAUAAUAAUUGUUAUUGCAGAAGCUUGGAAUACAAAUAGAGAAAGAAAAUAGUUUCUAUUUCAUAAAAAAUAUGGACAUCUUCAAAAACAUAUGUUCACAUCCCCCACUUUAUGUCAUUCUUUAAGCCUCUUAAUAUUAACCUCCCAGAACUGCUUCAUGUUGUAUGACAUAAACUUUACUGUCUUAAAGUGAUCUAAAUUAAAAUGUUCCAUCAGUGUUUCAUGUUAAUUUAUAUUCUAAACAUCAGCUUAAUACCAAAGUUAUUCUGCUAAAUUCUUCAUUAUUUUCAAAAUUAAUUGUAACAAUGGCAGCGUAUUUCAUUAGAAAUAUAGUAACAAAAGGGGUUAAACUUUGUCUUAAAUAUAGUAACCUGACUCUCUUUUUUUUUCUCUUUUUUUUUUCUCUUUUUUUUUUGCAAUCUCUGGUUUAAUUUAUUUUCUGUUGAUGUUGUUAAGCCCUAAAGUCUGCUCUGAUUGAGUAGGUCUAUGAUCAAAAAAUAUUCCAGCCAUGACCAUCCCAACUAUUUGUAUAUAUCAUAGACUACACUGUCCAAUGUGCCUUUGUUUAUUUAAGACAGUAGGGUGUGAUUUGAAAAUGUAGCUAUUACUUCUAGCAAGCCCAGUGACUGUUUAGAAGCUCUCCUCAAAUUUAAGCAAGAUUUUAAUAUCCAGUUAUCAUUUUCCUAUUAUUUUCCACUUCACUAUCAAUUUUAAAAAGUUAAUAGUGAACUUUCAUGUUUGAAAUUGCAAUUACUUUAUGUAUUAAAGCAAAUUAACAAGAAUUAAUGUACCAUCUAGUCAUUACUCUUUUACCUGUUUCAGUCAUUUGACUGUGGCCAUGCUGGAGCACCGCCUUUUUAGUCGAGCAAAUCGACCCCAGGACUUAUUCUUUGUAAGCCUAGAACUUAUUCUAUCGGUCUCUUUUGCUGAACCGCUAAGUUACGGGGACAUAAACACACCAGCAUCAGCUGUCAAGCAAUGUUGGGGGGGGACAAAUACAGACACGCAAACAUAUAUACACACCACACACACACACAUACAUAUGUAUAUACAUAUAUGCGACGGGCUUCUUUCAGUUUCCGUCUGCCAAAUCCACUCACAAGGCUUUGGUCGGGCCGAGGCUAUAGAAGAAGACACUUGCCCAAGGUGCCAUGCAAUGGGACUAAACCUGGAACCAUGUGGUUCGUAAGGAGGCUACUUACCACACAGCCACUCCUACACCUAUAGAUUUUGUAUUCAUGUAUUAUGUCAAAGGAAAAAAAAUCAACAUGUCAGCCGCCAUCAGUUACGGAGUGAUUGACUCCAGCCAUAAAUCAUAAAUAUUGGGGACUAAGUGAAGUAAAAUAUCUUGAUUGGGAAUGAAACCUGACCCAACACAGAGAACUUGCUUACACUCUACAGCCCCUCACAUAUAUUAGAAUAAUUAUAACAAUUAAUCUAUCAUUUGAGCUUCUUUAUUUUUACAUAUUCUUUACAUUGAAAUCCUGAUUGACAUACCGAAUUUACUUCUGUUUAAGUUGUACCCCUAAUUUAGUAUUAAACCUUGGUACAAAAUUCUUUUCCCUUCAUAGUUUUAAUUUUGCCACACAUAUAAGUCGAACUCUAGUUUUUUCGUUUAAAAUCAACUAUAAAACAGUGAGGCUUAUUCAUGAGUAAACAUAAUACGUUUCCAAUCUUGGUGUUGUGCAAAUUUCUUGGGGAAAAAAUGCAAGUCUACAAAAACUAUCAUUUUUUGCUUCAAAUAAAAUAUAUCAACUCUUGCAGGACAAAAAUAAACGAUUUGCAGUAAAUGGUAAUAUUUUAGUGACUUUUUUUUCCAUAACAAAUUUAUUUGUUUGUAUCUUAUGAGAAUUCCAGCUAAUCAACCAAAUAUGUUUUGUAUUUCUUUCUAAGUUAAUUAUAACUUUCCGUUAAUUUUUAAACUGUCAACGAUCUACGAAAAUUUUAUAUUUAUAUUUCUAAUAUUUAUAUUUUUGCAUGAAAUUAACACUUGAAAUAAAAAAAAGUCUUUUUUAUCA